AUGCAUACCACCCUCCUGCUGGCCGGUCUCGGCCUGGCUGCCCUCUCUUCAGCUGGCUGUCCCUUCGCAGAUCCAUCAAACAUCAAGGCUCGAACCGAAAGCGACGGCUCUCGCGGCCAUGUGUCAGGCUACGAGGUAGACGACUCUACAGGCGAUCCGUACCUCACAUCCGACGUCGGCGGCCCUAUCGAGGACCAAGUAAGCUUGAAGGCCGGCGUCCGUGGCUCGACGUUGCUCGAGGAUUUUAUCUUUCGCCAAAAGAUUACCCACUUCGACCACGAGAGAGUACCGGAACGAGCCGUCCACGCCCGCGGUGCCGGUGCCUACGGAACCUUUACAAGCUAUGGCGACUAUAGCAACCUCACGGCCGCUUCAUUCCUGGGCGCAGCGGGAAAGCAAACCUCCACGUUUGUGCGGUUUUCCACUGUUGCUGGAUCAAGAGGAAGUGCGGACACUGCCAGAGAUGUGCAUGGUUUUGCCACCCGAUUCUUCACUGAUGAGGGCAACUUUGAUAUCGUGGGAAACAACAUUCCAGUGUUUUUCAUUCAAGACGCCAUUCAGUUCCCAGACUUAAUUCACGCAGUAAAACCUCGCGGUGACAAUGAGAUCCCACAAGCUGCUACAGCUCAUGAUUCUGCAUGGGACUUCUUCAGCUCUCAAACUACCACCCUUCACACCUUGUUCUGGGCAAUGGCUGGAUACGGUAUCCCGAGAAGUUAUAGACACAUGGAUGGCUUUGGUGUGCACACCUUCCGCGCCGUCACGGACGACGGCAAUUCUAAGCUUAUCAAGUGGCACUGGAAGACGAAACAGGGCAAGGCCAGCUUGGUCUGGGAAGAAGCCCAGAUCGUUUCGGGCAAGAAUGCCGACUACCACCGCCAGGACCUCUGGGAUGCGAUUGAAUCUGGAAAUGGACCCGAAUGGGAACUCUCCGUUCAGGUCCUCGAUGAGGAGGAUACUCUCAAGUUUGGAUUCGACCUGUUGGACCCGACAAAGAUCAUCCCCGAGGAGAUUGCACCCCUCCAAAAACUCGGCAAGAUGAAGUUGGAUGCCAACCCGGUCAACUACUUUGCCGAGACUGAACAGAUUAUGUUCCAACCCGGGCAUAUUGUUAGAGGCAUAGACUUCACUGAAGACCCUCUGCUGCAGGGCCGCAUCUUUUCUUACCUGGACACUCAGAUCAACCGUCACGGCGGGCCCAACUUCGAACAGCUGCCGAUCAACCGCCCAACCACGCCCAUUCACAACAACAACCGAGACGGUGCUGGCCAGAACUUCAUCCACCGAAACCGCAACUCCUACACUCCGAAUACACUCAACGAGGGCUUCCCUAAGCAAGCGAACCAAACUCAGGGCAACGGCUUCUUCACGGCGCCUGGCCGCACUAACAAUGGCCAACUGGUCCGCGAGAUCUCUGACAGCUUUUCAGAUCACUGGUCUCAGCCGCGCCUCUUCUACAACUCCUUGACCCCCAUCGAGCAGCAAUUUCUAAUCAACGCCAUCCGCUUUGAAACCAGCCACCUCGAAUCCACCGAGGUUAAGCAGAACGUUCUCACACAGCUGAACAAGAUCAGCAACGACAUUGCGAACCGUGUCGCCGAUGCCCUAGGCAUGAACCGUCUGCAGCCCGAUGCGCAGUACUACCACAACAAGACUACUCAGGGGCUCUCAAUCUUUGGCAACAAGCUGCCCUCCAUCGCGACCCUGAAGGUCGGUAUCCUUGCAAGCCUGUCAGCUGACGGCUCCGUGAGCCAAGGCAAGGAGUUUAGGGAUGCUUUUGCCACUGACGGUGUUUUGGUGACCGUCAUCGCCGAGAGGCUGGCUGACGGCGUCGAUAUGACAUACUCACAAGCUGACGCCACGUCAUUCGACGGUGUCAUUGUUGCCCGCGGCGCUGAUGGUCUGUUCAAUGGCAACAUUAAGCCGUCUCCUUUGUAUCCGGCCGGUAGACCUGCACAGCUUGUCAUCGACUCCUACAGAUGGGGAAAGCCGGUGGGCAGCAUUGGCGCGGCUCUCGACGAGUCGGCAGCCCUCGGUGUCAAGGCCGGUGAGGGCGUGUACUCCGCCGCAGACGUAAUCACCGUCGUGAACAGCUUCAAGGAUGGUCUGUCGACAUUUAGAUUCACUGACCGUUUCGCAACGGACUAG